CGGUGUUCGACUCCAAAGUUUCUCCGACCGUGUGGGAGUUAUUUUUAAACGCUAUGAGGAGCUCGGUCCUGUAGGAAACAAACUGACCACAAAUAACCCGAUUCUGUAGCGGCAGAUUUGACCCAAGAAAAAAAACCUCUUUGCCCCAAAAGGGAGUACUGGGCGUGUGUAGCGGACUGGAGUUAAAAUGGGCUCCAGUUACUCCGUGCUGUCCAACAUUCCCGACGCUGAGGAAAUCAUGAAGGAGACUGGUUUCUCCCCCUCGCACCUGUCCCGCCUGUACGACCGCUUCUCCGUGCUGGACAGGGAGGAGAAGGGCUUCCUGAGUCUGAGUGAUUUUCAGCACAUCCGCGAGCUGGACCUGAACCCGCUGGGCGACCGGAUCAUCAGCGCCUUCUUCGCCCCCGGGGAGGAGAAGGUGAACUUCCGCUCCUUCGUGAGGGUCCUGGCGCACUUCCGGCCCCUGGACACGACCCGGCCCAGGGACCCCAGCAGCCCCGAACCCGCCAACAGCCGGACCAGCAAGCUCAAGUUUGCCUUCCAGCUGUAUGACCAGGACAAAGAUGGCAAGAUCUCUAGGAGCGAGCUUCUGGAGGUCCUGCGCAUGAUGGUGGGGAUGCAGGUGACCAACGAGCAGCUGGAGAGCAUCGCUGACCGCACCAUCCAGGAGGCUGACCUGGACGGGGACAGUGCCAUCUCGUUCGAGGAGUUCCGAAAGUCGCUGGAGAAGGUCAACAUCGACCACAAGAUGAGCAUCCGCUUCCUGCGGUAGAGUGGGGGCCGGGACAGACGGCGCCCGCAGUUUCACACAAACUGGAGUCCUUCGGCCCCUCGACCGCUCGCCGUUCUCGCUGGCGCGUGCCGGGGACGAGGUGGAGCUCUCCAGGAAGUCUAGAUAAGUGUUCAAACCGCUCUGACAGCUGCUUCUUGACGCAACUCUGUUGGGUUAUAAUGCUCCUUUUGGUCAGGUCUUUUCCCUUACUUGGGUACAGGAAAAAAAACAACAAAAUCCAACAUGUCUCCAAGUUAUUCGGGGGCAUUGUUGUGUGGAAUGACUGGCACGCAUUGCGCUGGAUGGGGCAGUCAUGCUUUUUCCUGGGAACUCCUUCUGUCCUGCAGUGCGGUGCUUCCCAGUACUCCUGCAGAACUGUCAGGAAAACCCGGGCUUGCACCAGAUUGGCUCUCUUCUCCUUAACCUCCAUCAUCGAGUCUUAAAAUCCAUCUUAAUAAAGUGCUGCUAAUGUUUGAGUUCUGUCUUUGUGGUUUACUAAGGAUGCAGGCAUGUUUCUAAAUGUGUAACGUCUAAAUCUGGUGUUAUCUGAUGAACUGGACCCUUUUGCUACCUUGAGCCUUGUCUAAAGAUAUCUUGGACGGGCCCGGUGCUGUCCGGGUCUAGCAGACCCUUAUAAAAAUGACUUUUCCUGUAAUUUGACAUAGCUUGGAAACCCCCUGACUCAAGGCUUAAAUGCAAACUGUUUUGGUGCUAGAUUGUAAAUCUGCUCAUUAAAAGAAGAGUUUUAAGAUAAA